AGGACUAUCCAAGGAUCAGCGAUCUGACAAUAUUCAGUGUUUUAGUAGUUAUUUGCAGAGUGUGUAAAUAAGUGAUUCCCUGCGUCUACUCAGCAACACGUGAGAGCCAGUGUCAGAAGUGGAUCGACACCUGCCACUUCCACGAAGGAUAUCAACAGAUUAUACGAGAGACGAAAAUAUAAAGAAAUGAGUGCCACAUUUUGUCUAUCUAAGUACGUCUUCUGGGUGCUGACUUUCCUGUCCUUUUUGGCUGGAUUCGUCGCUAUUGUCUGUGGAACAUGGAACGUUGUGGACGCAAAUUCGUUCGUCAAUUUUAUUCGGCGUACAUCUGGUGAAAACUUUGAAGCUGAGCUUCAGCAAAUCGUACAACCAGCUGUCUUCCGACAAGCUGGCUACCUACUCAUCGUAGUCGGGGUAUUGACCUUCAUCAUAAGUUUCCUAGGCUGUUGUGGAGCAUUGCGUGAGUCCAAAUGCUUUUUGGCUACUUAUGGAGUAAUUCUUAUACUAAUACUGAUCCUGGAAAUCACUGCUGGAAGUUUAGCUGGAUUAUACACAAAACAGGCCGAGGAAAAUACUCGAACAUUAUUGAAAUCAUCCAUAAAAGAAUAUUAUGCUGCAGAAGAGAAGGAUGCUAUAACUCUCAUGUGGGACUACACAAUGGCACAUUCGAAAUGUUGCGGUGUGAACAGCUAUGAAGACUUCAAGGAAUCGAAGAAAUGGACUGAGGGAAAUAAGAAGGUAAUCCCCGAGGCAUGUUGCAUUUUGGAAGGUGAUGUAUCGAAAUUUCAACCCAAAUAUUCAAACUGCACCAAAAGCCCAUCAGAUGAAAAUUCCUACUGGAAAACAGGCUGCUUCAACACAGUGGUGGGAAUGGUUAUCGAUACCAAAGUCACGAUAAUUGGAAUAGCAGUUGGAUUGGCCGUGUUCAAAUUGGUGCUCAGCAUUGUCUCAUUCUGCUUGUGCAGGUCCAUACGGGAACGUCAAAGGAUAAGUCGGGGCAACAUUGCAUAAGAGAAAACUCAGCCUGUAUAAUUGAACAUUUUACUAUUUAAUGUGUUCUAAGGGUAAUCAUUUAUGACACAAUAACUUUUAUUUCUUUGGGGUUAAAUGCUUACAACUUUCAGCUUUAAACUGUAAUGUUUGUUAUUCAGUUCAAAGUUUCCUUGACAUAAUUAACAAAAAAAUCUUGUUACAUGUAGAAGGACUGCAGAGAAUGCCAGAAACCGACCUAAUACAAACUUCCUUCAGUGCUAUCCCAAUUUGCUGUGAACAUGUAGACUACAUUUCAGUAUUUCAUAUUUUGUCAGUUUGGCUGAAAGGAAGCAUCAUGUAUGAUGCGUUGCUGGAAGCUUUUGUCCCAAAGAUCCCUAUACCCCUUCAUUAGCUACCGUGUAAUUAACCAUGUGCCAGUCACUGUGUCUCCUGAUUGUUUUCCUUAUGAGAUAUGUUUAUAAGGAAUGUUACUGAGCAUUAAUAAGCAUUACAAAAAGUACAAACUGCUAAUGAAGAGAGCUAUGUUCAACCUGAUGGCUCGCAAAUUGCACGUUCCGUCCGGUAUCCUCCCCUCCCCCAACCCCCGCCAGGCAUCCGUGCUGUUACUUCCUUGUUUAAGUAAUCUCAUCACUCCCAUGUACCAUGUGAUUUACCGUUCCCCCAGUUGUUUAGGGAAAAGAAGGGUCCCCAUAAUUAUGCGGAGCUGAAAGCUUGUCUUUCGUUUGCCAGCGGUCAACAAGGAAGUUGGAUGGAAUUCCGUUUAGACUGUGCAAUCAAAAUUCUUUUUGGAUUAUCGUACCGGCCGUUGAGGGCGAGGGACUGCCUUGCUGAAGCGCGUGUGUUGGGAGCGUUGCGGCAAGAGUUCUGCUGAGGUAUUAAUUUAUUUAGUGAUUCGGCUUUUAUUGCCUCAUUUUUAGUAAUCUGUGUUUGGAAGCCGAUGAAGGGAUUUGCUGGGAGUUGUUUUGUAUGUGUUUAGGCUUUCCUUGCACCCUUCUGUUUUGUUUGAUACACUGGGGCAGCGUUCCCGAGUGGUUAGUCUUUUUUCUGAACUGACUUAGCUGCGAGGGCUCAUAAAUUCAAUAAUGUUGCAAAGAUGGAAAUGUGAUUAGAACUCUUAUUGUUUACUUAUUGUUUACAAAUGUUGUAUACUCUUAGUCAAGUUAUGUUCUUAUUGUUA